AUGACGACAGCGGCCGAGACAGCCGGCGGCCCUAGACGCGGCACCGGCGGUAGAGCCACGGUGCCAGAGCCGCUCGCCGUAGAUCCGCCAUGGCUGGACGCCCCAUCAUUCGCGGUGCAUAAGAUCCCCUCCACCGUCACCAGCUCCUCGCGCCUGCGCCCACCACUUGCUCCGUCGGUCACCAGUGCCAUGUGCCGCAGCAGUGACUAUGGCCAGAAUCCAGAUCCCGAUCUGAAAAAGCACGUUAGGCGGAGGAGCGACGGUGCCGACUUGUGCCCGCGUGGAGGCGACGAGCAGGGAGGUGUGUGUGUCAAGCAGCGAGGGCCGAGGAGCAGUAGCGGCGGCGGCGUAGAGAAGAGAAAGGAGACAGGAAGAUAUCGGGCCCGUUCGCUUCUGCGAAAAAAUAAGCAAAAACACUGCAGCGACUGGCGGUGUGAGAGAGAAAUACUGUAG